AUAAGGUCCAAAAGUCCAAAACCCAUCAAAGGAGAAAGAAGGAAAGUAAGAAACUUGGGACAGCUUCAUAAAAAAUUAGUUCUCUUUUCACUUCACUGACCUUGGCUUCAUCCACUCUCUAUAGAAUUCCCAAAAAGGGUUUUGUUUCAUAAAAAACCAGCCAAAAAGAAGAAAACCCAAGAGCUAGAAGAUCAACCAGAAGCAGAAUAAUGAAGACUAUCCCUCUAAUUCUAAUGGGCUGUGGAGGUGUUGGACGCCAACUCCUCCAGCACAUUGUGUCCUGCAGAUCCCUUCACGCCAAACUCGGAGUUCAUUUACGAGUUGUGGGAGUGUCUGAUAGUAAAUCACUAGUUGUUGCGUCAGAUGCUAAACAAAAGGAAUUGGACGAUAAUCUUUUAACUGAAGUUUGUAGGGUCAAAUCAGAUGGUUCUUCCUUGUCAAAAGUUAAUGGCGUUGGUGAGUGUCAAACGUUCUCCAAUUCAGAAUCAAGAACGGAAGUGCUAGGCAUUGCAUCGCUUCUUGGAAAAUCAACAGGUUUAGCCCUUGUAGAUUGCUCAGCCAGUUCGGAAACUGUUGGAGUGCUAAAGCAAGGAGUUGACUUGGGUUGUUGCAUUGUUCUGGCAAAUAAAAAGCCUCUUACAUCCACACUGGAGGAUUAUGACAAAUUGGUUUCACAUCCUCGCUUCAUACGGCAUGAGUCAACUGUUGGUGCUGGGCUUCCAGUCAUAUCAUCAAUAAAUCGCAUGAUUUCAUCUGGAGACCCCAUCCAUCGUAUUGUUGGAAGUUUGAGCGGUACAUUGGGUUAUGUAAUGAGUGAGGUUGAAGAUGGCAAGCCAUUGAGCCAAGUUGUUAAAUCUGCUAAAAGCUUGGGAUACACUGAACCAGAUCCACGAGAUGACCUCAGUGGGAUGGAUGUUGCCAGGAAGGCUUUGAUCCUUGCCCGACUUCUUGGGAGGCGUAUUGAGUUAAGUAGCAUAAGGAUUGAGAGCUUGUAUCCUGAAGAAAUGGGACCUAGUAAGAUGUCUGUUGAAGACUUUUUGAAUGGUGGGCUUGUAAAGCUUGAUAACAAUAUCGAAGAGAGAGUUAGAAAAGCUUCACUCAAUGGGAAUGUGCUCCGUUAUGUCUGUGUGAUAGAAGGCACGAGGUGCGAAGUUGGAAUUCAAGAACUUACUAAGAAUUCUGCUUUGGGAAGAUUGAAAGGAAGUGACAAUGUGCUAGAAAUAUAUACCCGAUGCUAUAGUGAACAACCAUUAGUUAUUCAAGGCGCAGGAGCCGGAAAUGAUACUACUGCAGCAGGUGUGCUUGCUGAUAUCCUCGACAUUCAGGAUCUAUUUCCCUGAAAGAAAUUGGGGACAUCAGCUUGAGGAGAAUCAGGACUUGAGUUGCCGAGUAUUUCACCUACAAUAUGAAGCAAAGAGACGCAAAGUUUUUGAAUGUCAAAUAAUUUAGCUAUCCGUAUGUUUCUGGAAAGGAAUCUUGUACUAGAGAUUGUGAAUAUGUUUCUGGAAAGAAAUCUUGUACUAGAGGUUGUGAACAUGCGGGUAUUUGAGCUGAUUUGUAUAAGCCUUUGCUAUAUUCACCUGCAGCAAAUGUUGAAAAGAAACAAAUCAUACUGAUACAUGAAUGGAAGUCAGUAACUUCAGAUCUGCAUUCUUUGGAUGCUGAUAA